AUCCAGAAACGCCACCCGGAGGAAGGAGAAGUUUCGCAUUGCAAUAUCGACACAAAGGUGUAUUGUGUAUCACAAUUAUUGACGGUAUUAUCAGGUAUUAUAGUGUACGUUCACUGUACAAUGUGAUUGUACACGCUCGUGUAUUUCGUAUUGUCUAUCGUUUGGUGUCGCGUCAUUGUAUUUUCGAAAAUAAAAAUGGAGCAUGUAGGAAAGAUUACCAUAGUAUGGGGUCGACAGAAGAUCGAAAUCCCAGACGUAGAUCUUGGUGAUACUGUGCGAGGUCUGAAAGAACGAAUACACAAGGAAACUGGGAUACUUCCGGAACGUCAGAAGCUUCUGAACGUCAAAACCAAAGACAAAGCAUCUCAAGAUGAGGAGAUCUUACGAAACUUGGGUAUGAAACCUGGCUUUAAGCUCAUGUUGAUGGGUUCUCGCGAGGAGGAUAUUGCCGAAGCUCGUCAUGCACCGAAGAAUAUGCCUGAUGUGAUUAAUGAUUUCAAGGUCGAAGAGGAAGAGAUAGAAAUUGAGAAUGUGAAAAUCUGUAUGUUUCAAAUUCAAUGUAGAAUCAAUUUUUACAAGUUUGUAGAGUUGAAUCCGUUCAGAGAAGGAAAGAAAUUAUUGGUACUCGACAUAGACUAUACAAUCUUUGAUAACAAGUCAACAGCAGAAACUGGUGCAGAAUUAAUGCGGCCUUUCCUUCACCAGUUUCUGACAUGGGCUUAUCUUUACUAUGACAUAGUGAUUUGGUCUGCAACCAGUAUGAAAUGGAUCAAUGAAAAGAUGAAGGUACUCGGGGUUUCUAAUAACCAACAUUAUAAAAUAGCUUGUCACCUUGAUUCAAAUGCUAUGAUCAAUGUUCACACGUCAAAAUAUGGUACAAUCAUGGCAAAACCUCUUGCCGUCAUAUGGGGAAAAUAUAAGCAGUUCUCUGCUAAGAACACUAUAAUGUUUGAUGACAUUAGGAGAAACUUCAUUAUGAAUCCACAAUCAGGACUGAAAAUAAAGCCAUUCCGGCAUGCACACAUUACUAGAAGAAAAGACAGGGAGCUAGUGAGAUUGUCUCAUUAUUUGACACUGAUAGCUAAAGUUGAUGACUUUGAAACUUUAAAUCACAGAAAAUGGCAAGAAUAUAUCAUUGAGAAGACUAAAGAGGAGAAGAGAAAUUUUGAAGAAAAUGAAGGAAGGAGCAAGUAAAUCUUUUUCCACUGUGUUAAAUAUUUGUUAAAUUUUAUCACUUCUUUCCACUUCGUAUAAGGAUAAGUCUAAACUUCAUCAUCAAUUAUCAUAAAUAUAAUGCAAGGAUCUAAAUUCUAUAUAAAGAAGAACUUG